AUGAAGUCGAACAGCGAAAUAUGCAUUCUCUGGGCGAUUAUCGGUGUAUUGGGAACCCUCUUGCCCCUUGGAGACGGAAGCAGUAGGUUCAGUCUCAAAUAAUCAAGGUUCACUAAAAUGAUUUUUAAUGACGUGCCUACUUGAGUACUUGUUGUUCUCAAUAGUUAUAAGCUCAUUAUUUAAUUUUAUUUUUUAUUAUCUAUUUGCAGUAUACUGUGACGCGUCAAACAUAUUAAUAUGACUCGUUAGCACAGCACACAGGAGUCGCCAUUUUAAUGUCUUUAUUCAGCUUAACAGUUCGGUAUUACGUGUUUGCGACUGAAGGAGCAUUCAUUAGCCUGUACGUUGAUUUAUUACAUGGUAGUACUUUUAGCUUUCCCUAUCCGUCUUUAGAGCAUAAGCACGUUCAUGCAAGAGGUUGAUUUUCGAAAGCUUGUCAUUUAAAACACUUGAAUUUGCUUCAUGCUUUUGUUCAUCAAAGUAUACCGUUCUCUGUUGAAAAUUCGCAAAAUCUCUCGAACUUCUGGCGUCAGAAGAUAAUGAUGGGCAUAUAAAUGUCACACACUUAUCAUGACCUAAACAGCUUCUUAUUACUUAUUAUUGUAGGCCAAUAUGUGGACCCAAUAUAUUACCGACCACCGUGUCCAGAAGAAAAUUACGACUUGGAUAAUGGUAAGUUUACUUUAAUCUUGGUGAAGAGGUCAGAAUCCGUUCGGUUAUUUUGCUCAAGCAGAUUUUAAUAAAAAAAGUAAUUAACUUGACCAUCAUUUUAUCUGUCUUCAAAAAAAUCCCACAAUUAUCACUACUUAUGUAAUCAUUUCCAAUCCUAAAUGACCAGUAUUACUAAAAUAUAUACGUUUCCUUAUUUUCAUAACGUUUUAUCAGAACGUUUACGUACGGACGUAAGCUUACAAGCAGCUUAUAUUGGACUGCGAAGCCCCGUAGUAUUAUGUAUGAUAAUAAAUCUCAUGCUAAAAGAACAACAAGACAGGUUUCAGUGAUCUCAUCAAAAACAAAUAAAUAAGGAUAUAAGUUCAGUAAACUGACUUCAAUGCAAAGCAAGAAAUAUCACGUUCUUAACCUCGGAAAAUUUUAUAUCUCGAUAAAAUUAAUUAGAAAAAUGUUACCACAUAGUAAUAUGGGGAGCUGAUGACGUGUAAUUGAAAACUGUUGUCUGCUCAGACAAACAGCAUCGACCUUGCCCAAUUACUGACACUUUCAAACUAUACAGCAUCUAAACUCAGCAUAGGCACAAUAACAAGAAUAAGUCCUGAAUAUCUUCAGAGACUGGGAACUUUCGAUGCGCUGUGCCUACGGCAGCCGAGUGCUUUGAACUGUGUCAAGAACUCGGAUGCAACGAGUGGUCCUUCCUCAGCUUCGUCUCCUCCACAAGCACAGAAAAGCUCGAGCACCGCCGAUGCAGAUGCGUCCCAGAGUUCAAUUAUUGCAUGUAUACCUUCAUCCCCUCAAAGUUUCGUCUUUACUCCUAG